AUCAUCACGGCGCUCUUCUUCCCGCCCUUGAGCGUCUUCCUCGAGCGAGGCUGCGGCGGCAGCUUCCUCCUCAACGUCCUCUUGACCUUCCUCGGCUUCGUGCCCGGUCUCGUGCAUGCCCUCUACGUCCUCUGGAAGGUGCGUUCCUCGCUUCCGUCUUUCUCCUUCUCGACGAGCCCUAAUCCGCGCCGUCGCAGGACGAGUCUGCCUACACGUCGCUCCCCUCCUCCUACGCCCGCUCGACCCUCGCCAACGCCAACAAGGAGCUCACAAUCGGCGAGAUCCUGCGCGCUGCGAGCGACGAGGAGGCCGAGGAGCGCCGCAAGAAGCGCGGUGGCGACGUCGACGAGGGGAGCGGGUUCGGGCGAGGGCGGCCGCCGUCGUACCGCUCGACGGCCCGAUCGUCGCCGAGCGACAACGAUGACCCGUACGAGGAGCGGUAUGGGCGGCAGGCGCAGAUGA